GACGAGACGGGCGUCGUCGUCCUCCCCUCGCGGUUUCCACGGAGCCACCAUUUUUCUUUCCGUUUCGGUGGUUGCUUCUGCAGUCGAUUCAGGCCCAACACGCCAUAAAUUCCCUCCAAGCCUCCCCUUGCCCUCUCCUCCGAUCAUUCGCCGAGACACUUUCCUAUUUCAGUCGGGGCUCGCUGGCCGGCUUCAAAUGCUGGUCCUCUCUCGCUCCAUCGUUGCCUGAGCAAAUCCACCACCGGCUCAGGACCGGUCCCUUCCUGAAAUCUCCCCCAGCUUCUAGAAUUCUCUCGCCCCGACGCUGCGCUUCGGCCGCGUCGAGGUGAAAUUUGGAUUCUUUAGUCCAAGCUCGCAUCUUGGGAGAUACGGAUUGGAUUCUUUUUGAGCGGAAUCCCACCGGCUGAGCUUUCGAGAGGUCGGAUUCGGGGAGGGCGUUCCGGUGGGGCGCGGGCGUAGUAGCAGCAGCAUGACGAUCGAUCUGUCCACCAUGCCCGGGAGCUCGGCGCGCCUUCUCGACACCGCGGGGAGGAAGGACAUGAACUUCUUCAGGAACCGCUACGUGCUCGGGCUCACCGGCGUCGCGGGAAUCGGCGGCUUCCUCUUCGGCUACGACACAGGUGUCAUAUCUGGAGCCCUUCUGUACAUUCGGGACGAUUUCCCGGCUGUGAAAGACAAUUUAUUCUUGCAGGAGACAAUCGUUAGCAUGGCUUUACUUGGAGCCAUGCUUGGAGCAGCUGGGGGUGGUUGGAUAAAUGAUGCCUAUGGUCGUAAGAAGUCGACUCUUCUUGCAGACAUGAUGUUUGCAAUCGGGUCACUUGUUAUGUGUGCUGCUGGCGGUCCUUACGUUCUGAUUCUUGGAAGGCUCUUUGUUGGAUUGGGUGUAGGGAUAGCAUCAGUCACAGCCCCAGUUUACAUUGCUGAAGCUGCUCCUUCAGAAAUUAGGGGAGGUUUGGUGUCAACUAAUGUCCUCAUGAUUACUGGUGGUCAAUUCUUCUCGUACCUGGUCAAUCUUGGCUUUACCGAGGUUCCUGGAACAUGGCGCUGGAUGCUUGGAGUUGCUGCCGUGCCAGCAGUCGUUCAGUUCGUGCUGAUGCUUUUUCUGCCAGAAUCGCCCCGUUGGCUAUACCGGAAGGAUGAGAAGGCAAAAGCUAUUGCUGUCCUGGAGCAGAUAUAUGACUCUGACCGUCUAGAUGAAGAGGUUGACCUGCUUGCUUCGUCUUCCAUGCAUGAAUUCCAGUCUAACUGUACUGGGAGCUAUCUGGACAUAUUCAGGUCGAAGGAACUAAGGCUUGCCUUUUGUGCUGGAGCUGGUCUUCAGGCCUUCCAGCAGUUCACUGGCAUCAACACUGUGAUGUACUACAGCCCCACGAUAGUCCAGAUGGCUGGAUUCACUUCCAACAGGUCGGCCUUACUCCUUUCCCUCAUCAUCGCUGCCAUGAACGCAAGUGGAACCAUUGUUGGAAUCUAUCUCAUCGACCGUUGUGGCCGCCGCCGCUUGGCCCUUACAAGCUUAGCCGGGGUUGUGCUUUCCCUUGUCAUUCUUGCCUUGGCCUUCAUACUGCAGUCAUCUUCCAGCCUUUGUGGGAGCUUAUUCAGUGGCUCUUGCCAAGGUGCGCUGGGUUGGUUCGCAGUCGGAGGGCUCGCUCUAUACAUCGCCUUCUUUUCUCCAGGCAUGGGCCCAGUCCCAUGGGCUGUGAACUCCGAGAUAUACCCUGAGGAAUACCGUGGAAUGUGCGGGGGCAUGUCAGCCACUGUCAACUGGAUUUCGAACCUGAUCGUGGCUCAGACAUUCCUCUCGAUUGUGGGGUGGGUUGGAACUGGCCCUACAUUUCUAAUCAUCGCCGGAAUUGCUGUGAUGGCCUUCAUCUUUGUGGCUCUGUAUGUGCCGGAGACGAAAGGCCUGAGCUUCGAGCAGGUUGACCUCCUAUGGAAGGAGAGGGCUUGGGGUAACCAGGGCAGCCACGAGAGCCUCUUGGGUGCAGCACCGUAGAGGGUCCUCCUGCUCUGAUCCUGCAGGCGGGUGCUCCUUUUAACAUGGCACCGUGCUGCACCUGGCUAGUCUGCCCACGCCAUUGCCUGACCUCUAGCUAGGAAGGUCUUAAAAAGAGCUGGAUGGAUGCAGAUACAACCUGUUUCUCUGGGUGGUGUUUAGAUCGCUCCUAUGUUGCCUUGAUGUAUGUACUAUCGUCGUGUUUAUGAUCUAAGCAUAUUGUGGUCGCUUGUUCAUGUCGAAAAGACCGUGUGACUGAGAUCGGUUUCGUGCAUUGCUGGCGGGAGUGAUGGUAUCAAGGGAAUCAAUGAGCUACACUGGCAGGGAAAAGCAGAUGAACAACUGAUGUCUUUAGCAGUUUAUAUUUUGUUUGGAUUUUGUGUCUGUAAUUGGAAAACUGGCUCCUAGAUUGCAAUUGUGUAUAAACCUUAUAUACCAACGAUGGCUCCUCUCGCCUCUUGUCUCAAA